GGGGGGACAACAUCCAUCGGUCGCUAAACUAUGAACGAGGAGAUGACAAAAAGCGAGGAGCAGCAUCUGAGUUUGCAGAAAGCCUUGCAGCAGUGCGAGUUGGUGCAAAACAUGAUAGACAUAAGCAUUUCCAGUUUGGAGGGUUUACGGACCAAAUGUGCCACAUCCAACGACUUGACACAAAAAGAGAUCCGAACGCUGGAGGGGAAGUUGGUGAAGUACUUCAGCCGCCAGCUGUCCUGCAAGUGCAAAGUGGCCUUAGAGGAGCGCAGUGCAGAGCUGGAAGACUUCCCUCGCCUCGACCACUGGUUCCGCAUUGUCAACUUAAGGAAGGAGGUCGCAGAGGAGAUGAAUGCAGGUGAGGUUAAUCUAGAAGGCCUACUGGAGAUGAGUGAGGAGCAGGUGUGUGAGCUGUUGCAGAAGUUUGGUGCCAACGAAGAAGAAUGUGCCCGACUUAACGCUUCCCUCUCCUGCCUCAGAAAGGCCCACCAACUUGAACAACUUGAGGAGGAUAAAUUGCACAGUAACGGAGGGAGCCAAGCAAAACAGGAGUGGUCCAUCCAGUGGCCCACCUCUGAAUCUGGAAAGGAAAACACUCCAGUGUGCCAGCCAGAGGCCAGUCAGUGGAUUCGUUUCCAGCUCUCCCAAAGCCCCAAAGUUCAGUCCAAGUACAACCAGCACAUGUGCCACAGUCCACAAGCCCUGGCGCCUACUUUCUACGCAGAUCGGCUUACUGUUGAAAACCCCGCCACAGGACUCUUCCCUUCCUUUGACUCUGGUCACCGUUCCCUGCCCCCAUCACCUCGUCAAAGGCAUUUUGGUCACACACCUCCUCGGACUCCUUUGGUGGUCAACACCAUGACUCCACCAGGUACUCCCCCCAUGAGACGAAGGAACAAAGUGAAGGCCCCUGGAACGCCACCGCCGCCAAGCCGCAAGCUCAUCUAUCUGCUGCCUGGCUUCACGGCGUUGCAUCGGAGCAAAUCCCAUGAGUUCCAGCUGGGGAACCGCUUGGAUGACGCUCAAACGCCAAAAGCCAAGAAGAAGACAAAACCCUUGAACCUUAAGAUUCACAGCAGUGUGGGGAGCUGUGAGAAUCUGCCCACGCAGCGGUCACCGCUCCACACCGAGCGAUCUUUGCGAUCCUUCUUCUUUCCGUCUUUCAUCCCUUCCACACCUCCCGUUCAUGCUGAAACACCCUCUGCAAACACUCUUUCAGUGCCUCGCUGGUCCCCACAGAUUCCCCGAAGAGAUUUUGGAAACUCAAUAAAACACCGGUUUUCCACCAAGUACUGGAUGUCCCAGACAUGCAUAGUAUGUGGAAAGGGAAUGUUGUUUGGACUAAAAUGUAAAAACUGCAAGCUGAAGUGCCACAACAAAUGCACCAAAGAAGCCCCACCUUGCCAUUUAUUGAUUAUACAGCGAGGCGGACGAGAAUCCCUCAAAGAUCAACAGGGAACGAUUCAAGUAGCUCGUCUGGUACGGACUGAAUCAGUGCCAUGUGACAUCAACAAUCCGCUCAGGUACACAGACCUGCACAUCAGUCAGACGCUCCCCAAAACCAACAAAAUCAACAAGGAUCAUAUCCCAGUCCCCUACCAACCGGACUCCAGCAGUAAUCCAUCAUCCACCACUUCCUCCACUCCAUCCUCCCCGGCUCCUCCGUUGCCCAGCAGUGCCACUCCGCCAUCACCACUGCAUCCUUCUCCACAGUCGGCGCGGCAACAAAAACAGUUCAACUUGACCGCCUCCAGUUACUUCAAAUACAAGCAGCAAUUCAUCUUCCCUGAUGUUACACCAGAGGCACCUCCCAGUAGAGCACCGCAAGUCAUCCUGCAUCCGGUCCUCUCUGAACAGGGGAAUGAGGGCAACCCCUUACUUCAAAUCGAAGUGGAGCCGACAUCAGAUAAUGAAGAUGCCAACAACGAGGACUCCGGCGAUGAGUUUGAGGAGAUGAAUUUGUCCCUUUUGUCUGCUCGCAACUUCCCACGCAAAGCCAGCCAGACGAGCAUCUUCCUGCAGGAGUGGGACAUCCCCUUUGAGCAGCUGGAGAUUGGAGAGAUGAUCGGCAAAGGGCGCUUCGGCAAGGUGUUCCACGGACGGUGGCACGGAGAGGUCGCCAUCCGACUGAUCGACAUCGAGCGGGACAACGAAGACCAGCUGAAGGCUUUCAAACGGGAGGUGAUGGCGUACCGCAACACUCGCCAUGAGAAUGUGGUGCUGUUCAUGGGGGUGUGCAUGAGCCCACCGCAUCUGGCCAUCAUCACCAGCUUGUGUAAAGGCAGGACACUUUACUCUGUGGUGCGGGAUGCCAAGGUUGUCCUGGACGUUAACAAGACGCGACAGAUUGCACAAGAGAUGGUCAAGGGGAUGGGCUACCUCCACGCUAAGGGGAUUUUACACAAAGACAUGAAGUCCAAGAAUGUGUUUUAUGAUAACGGCAAAGUCGUCAUCACUGACUUUGGACUUUUUACCAUAUCUGGAGUUCUGCAGGCCGGCAGCCGGAGAGAAGACAAACUGAGAAUCCCCAACGGCUGGCUGUGUCACCUGGCCCCAGAAAUUAUUCAGCAGCUUUCUCCAGACACAGAGGAGGACAAGCUUCCUUUCUCCAAACAGUCAGACAUCUUUGCUUUCGGCACCAUCUGGUAUGAGUUACAUGCACGUGAGUGGCCUUACAAGAGUCAGCCAGCGGAGGUGAUCAUAUGGCAGAUUGGAAGUGGCAUGAAGCCGAACCUUGCCCAAACUGGGAUGGGGAAGGAGAUACUGGAUAUUUUGCUGAUGUGCUGGGCGUACAAGCCAGAAGAUCGGCCCAGCUUCUCCAAGCUGGUAGAUUUACUGGAAAAGUUGCCAAAAAGGAACCGCCGCCUUUCCCAUCCAGGGCACUUCUGGAAGUCAGCUGAGCUGUAACGGAGACAUCGAAGGGACUUUGUUCGUCUUCUGCUCUGCUCACAUCUGUCUCACCGCCCACCUGCCUGCCCUGCCACCUGUGCUCUCUUUGCUCCACCUUGCUUCCUCAGCCCCAUCUAUUCCUGCCUGUUCUUCCUGCCACAGUCCAGACACGUACAUACAACUGUACAUGUGGCCUCAUGCCUGAAUGGACCCUUUAGCGGUCAGUACUGGCCCACUUUGCUGGGGUGGGUCAUAAAACAAAACCGCAGACUUUCAAACAGAGAGGCCUUUCUCCACUCUAUGCCUGAAGAUGAUUGUGAUGAUGAUUGUGAAGCUUAGAUCCCAAGAGACACACUCUCAGCAGCUCACCCGCUAAACUGUUAUUGAUAAGAUCUAAUUUAGCAAGUAAUGUAUUUUAUGUUGUUUGAACAUUAUCACAACAUUCAUGGUAAUAACUCCUGUGGUUUAUUAUCAUUUCUAACACAUCAUACAGUGAUGACAAAAUAAUAAACAUAGUUUUCAGUCUUUCUCAGCUCUGAAGGAAUCCUUCCAUCUUUUUUGGUACCUAUGAAUUAACACAUUUAUGAAUUCAUGGUUUUGAUUCUGAGGCAUAGAUCUUAUUCUAAUUUCACCUUCAAGCAGCCUAUAAAGUCUCCACAAAAAUGAGUUUUUCAAACCUUUACAUUUUUUCUUUUUCUGCUUUUUAAAAAUGCUUGUCACAUACAAAGACAUGCAUAUUUGCUCCUUCCGGUUCUCAUAAAAAGUUAUUUAAAGCAUUUUUAAAGACUUUAAAACAUUUUUGACAAGCAAGAAUAUUUAUUAAAAGUACUCAGAUUUGAACAAAACCGCAAUAUUUUCCUUAACAUUAUAAAGUUAGCUGUCAGAAAAAAAAAAAGUAGACACUAUGUCUGCUUGUAUGAGAAGAGAAAUACUUUUUGGUUUCUAAUAAGGUGAGUUUCAGAAAUGUUAUUGUUUUUAAAAUACUAUUAUGAAACAUAGCAUGAGAUCAGUAUGCAGAUCUGGGCCUUUCUGGGCUGAAGCUGCAUUGCUGUGGAUAUAAUGAGUGAGACAUAAUGUUGACCAGGCAGGUGAAUGGAGGUGCGUGCCGCUCUAACUGCAUCUAGUAGAUGUACCUCCUUGAAUAAAAUAGUUAUUUAUGUCGGGUUUUCUACAGGCUAAAAGGAAACAUCGUCUUACAUGUUUUAUUUAUCUUGGGUCUGAUUAUGGAGGCAGCAGCCUAAGCAGGGAGGUUCAGACGUCCUUCUCACCAGCCACUUGGACCAGCUCCUCCUGGGGAAUCCCAGGGUGUGCCCCGGCCAGCUGAGAAACAAAAAACAUAGUUCCUCCUGUGUGUUUUAGGCAUGAUUUAAUUCCACUGAAGUUCAGGGUUCACAGACGACUCCAAGACGAAGCUCACAGCCUUUUUGGAAAAUGGAAAAAAGCUAAACAACCUAUAAAAAUAUAGAUUUCUAACUAGAUAAGGCAGACAAACGCUCACCCUUGUCUGCACAAGUUUGUUAAUCUAAAUGAACAGCCUCUUGUUGACAGCCCCAGGUACCAGAUCAGGUUUGAGGACAAUAUUUCUGACAUGUAGAGGCCUGUUUUCUCCCUAUUAUUGUCUGAAGAAUGCUAACAUUGAAGUGGCCACAUCUUUAUUAUUUCUAUGCGUCUGACAUCAUUAGAAAGCUAAUGAUGUAAUUUUGAGUAAAUCUGCAAUUGACUCAAAAUGCCCCCAGGGAGACUUGUUCCUGGUUUUGUUGUUGCCAAUGAGAAAUCUACUCAUCUUUGUCCAAAAUUAACAAAAAUGUCAAUGCACGUUCAUUUAAUUUGUUCCUUAAUAAAAAAAAAUAAUAAAUUGUGGAAAAAAUUGCUGGGAGAAGACCUUUAACAAUGUGUGCUAAGUAAAAUUUCUUCCAGUGUGCAGUACUUCUACAGUAUAAACAUCUUGGUAUAUCAAGUGGUGUUUUUAAGCUAACAUUAUGACCCCAAUCAGUUAGCCAUAACUAAAGUACAGGGAGACACAGAUUCAAAACAAUUAAAAACUUUCAAUGAGCAAAAAUCAACACAAUAAUCAUCUGUAAAAAAUCACAGCAUAUUUCAGCGAUUCUGCAGUAACAUCUGGAUUAUACGCAUUCACUGAGGGAUUCAAUUAAAGUGCUCAACUCAGCUCGUUUGCCAAUGUCAAAUUAUUCCAAAUUAUUUCCAGUGGUUAAAUUAGUUGAGUAUUAGAAAUUAAGUGUUUACUACCUCAGAUAUUACACUCGGUGUGCUUUUGCUGAAGAUGUAACUAAAUUAAUUACCUUCUGGUUCCAAUCCUGGUGUCAGGAAAAGAUUGUGGUUUUCACAAAGAAAAUGGGUUUCAAAACCUCUUAUGAUUCAUGCCUAUAUUUCUUCUAAAAAAAACACCAACAGAUGUUUUAAAACAGUUGCAUAGUAAUUCUGCCAGCAGACAAUAAAAUAAUGCAUCAAUUGGAGAAACAGAAUAAAUCAACAUAAAAAAAAUAUAUAUAUUUCUUUGACGGUGAAACCUAUUUGCAAAAGGAAAUAAGCACUAGAUGUUAGCCAAAUAACGCUAACCGAAAAUAUUAAUUUAGAAUGUGAGCAUGUCAAAGGCAUUUUUUCCUAAGUGGCCACUAAUCAGCUGCAUUUGCGCUGUUGAGAGUUAAGUGCCUUACUUAGGGUCAUUUCAGCAACUAAGGUCGUAAAAACAAAACAUUUUUUUUUUACACACAGACACCAAGAUUUUCACUAGUUAUGACUAAAUACGUGCACAUUAGAACAUUUUAACUGGAGAACAUUUCAAAAAUCCAACACUUACCAUAGAUUGUAGUUUCACCAGAGCAUUUGUCAACCAUACGAAUCUUAUAAAGACAUUCUAAACUGAAAGAAAAUAUAUUUGUUUGAAACUUUGAUUACAAGCCAAGCUCAGGAGUUAUUCUCCUGAAAAUAUUUGAAAGAUACCGAGAGCCAAAGGAGGAUAUUUAUACUUUCCAAUGACACUAUCUGAGUUUAACUGAUUCUAUUACAUGGCCUGCUAACUUAGAAAUCGGCACACGCGUUUGUCUGAAGAAGCAAAUUAAUCUCUUCCAAGUGACUGAGAAAGAAUGGAAUAAAUUUCAAAAAUCCAAUAGCAACCACAGGAAUGUUAAAUACCUCUAUUGAUAUUUUGCAUCCGGUAGAAUGAAUGUGUUGUCCUUUCUGUGAAGAAUUUGCUUCUGAAACAUUGAAUCACCAAGGAAUCUGAGAUUUCUUUUUUUUUUUGCACAGCAUUUGCACAGGCACAACCACAACACAUACAACUAGAAAAUAGAUAUUUAUGUUUGUUGAAAACAGUGAGCUAACUGGAUAUUCAAACUCUUCCCCCACACAUGUAGGUGUGUAAUAACCUCAAGGCUAUGCAAUAAACAACAAAGAGAACAUACAGUUCAGUAUUUUACUAAAGUGCUUAUUUAUUUUGUUUUUUUUUUUAAAUUAAAUGUCCAGGUUCUCUUUUGCUUCAAAAACUACUCUCACAUUGAAUUUUCAGCAAAUUUCUUUUUAAUGAGUAUGGUUUUUCAAUAAAGAUGGAUCUUUCAGUGGCUUCCUUGUGCAUUCUACAGUGAGAAUACUGUACAUUUCCAGUACAUUUCCAACUUCAGUUUCUGUUCAUUUCAUAAGAAUGUUCUGACGUACACUAAUGCAAAAAUAGUGUACAGUAAUAAAGUGGAAGAAAAAAAAUCUAACGUUUUUUUUAAUCAACAAAAAAUAUGAAGACUUUAGAAUUUAUUUUGCUGCACUGAUAAGUUAAAGUGCUUUGGGAUUUGCCUCUAUAUAUCAAUAGAAUUAUUUUUUCUAAUUUCUUUAAAAAAUAGCUCAAGCUCAGUCAGGUUUGAUGAAUGGUGUUUGUAAACAACAGUUUAAAUUCUCAACUAAGUUUCACAAAAUUUAAAUUCAACAAACUUUGACCAGUCAAUUCUCACACAUUAAUUGCCUUUGAUCAUAGUUAUCCCAUGUGGUACUGGCAUCACGUUUAAGAAUAUUGUCCUGCAUCAAGCUAACUUCUCUUUCCCACAUUAUGACACAGCCACCGCCAUGUUUCGCUGUAGUAAUGAUACCACCCAAAUUUAACCUUUUGACUUUUAACUAAAAUGCGGUGUGUGAAAAAAAUGGCCCAUUCACAUAUUCUUAAACAGAUCAAACAGAUCAUCACUGUCAAUCGAUUCAUAAAGUAGAUGUAUUCAUAGUGAUGAUCUGUUAAGGAAUAUGUAAGAAGGUUUUGUUUUUUUUCACACAUAGCAUUUUAGUUAAAAGUUAAAAUGUUAAAUUUUGCUGGUAUAACCUAGCUGGAAACAAUCAGAAGGAUAACUUUCUUGCUCCAGCAUGGUUUUUCUUUGCAUUGCUUCAUAAAAAGUGACUUUUAAAGGAUUUGGUUGCACUGGAUUUUUUUUAGAAGCAUUAGA